AUGAGUAUAAUUGAAUUGAGAGUUUGUGGAAGGUAUAAACUGGGCCCAAAGAUAGGAGUUGGCAGCUUUGGUUAAAUCUACCUUGCGAAGAAUGUCCAAUCCAACCAAGAUGUAGCAAUUAAAAUCGAGGAAGUCAAAUCCAAACAUCCCUAGUUAUUAUAUGAAGGCAAGAUUCUGUAAAAUUUGCAAGGAGGAGUGGGUAUCCCAUCUAUGCUAUGGUGCGGUUAGGAAAAUGAUUUCAAUUUCCUCGUUAUGGAUCUUUUGGGACAAAAUCUGGAAGAAUUACUCGUCUUAUGCAAAAGGGCAUUCACACUCAAAACAGUGCUCAUGCUUGCAGAUUAACUGAUAUCCAAUCUAGAAUACAUACAUUUUAAAAAUUAUGUUCAUCGAGACAUUAAACCUGAGAAUUUUCUUAUGGGAUGUGCUAAGAAAUCUCAUAUAGUUUACACAAUAGAUUUCGGACUUUCCAAACGAUACAGAGAUGCUCGAACUCAUGACCACAUUCCUCAGAAAGAAGGAAAGCCUCUUAUUGGAACAGCCCGUUAUGCCAGUAUCAAUACUCACAAGGGAACUGAACAAUCAAGAAGAGAUGACUUAGAGGCUCUAGGCUACAUGCUCAUCUACUUUUUAAAAGGAACAUUGCCUUGGUAAGGAAUUCGAGCCAACAGGAAGGAAGAGAAGUACUAGAAAAUUAUGGAAAAGAAAAUAUCCACUCCAAUUGAUCAAUUAUGCAAGGGUGUUCCUAAUGAAUUUCAAUAAUUCAUGAACUAUGUCAGAAAUCUUAAAUAUGAUGAAAAACCAGACUAUUCUUUUUUGAAAAAGAUCUUCAAAGAGAGAUUUGUCAAGGAAGGUUAUGAAUAUGAUUAUGUCUACGACUGGAUUUUAAUCCCAAUGAGUACUCGCAGUCCAUUUUAUAGCAGUAAAAUACCAUUAACCAUUGAAUUACUUUAGAAUGAAGAGAAAUUUUUAAUCAAAGAAUACGACAAAGAUAGGUUUGGAGAAUCCAAUUUUAGUAACUGGAAUAUGGUUGACGAUUUGGAUCAUAAUUUAGAAGAAUUAGAUCAAUAACCAGAUUAAAAUACUAAACCUGUUGAACAAUAAAAACCAAAGAAAUAAGAAGUGUAACAACCAGUAUAGCAAUAAAAGAAAGACAAAGAUUGUUCAAUAUUCUGA